AUGACCAAAACGACAGAAACUCACGAAUCGGCCGCAGAACAGUCGUUGCACCACGUACAUCAUGGCGGAAUCGAGAAAACGAAGGAUGAAACGGCAAAAAAGAAGAACCGAGUGAAGCUGGGAAAGUACGCCAUGUUGUUGGGCUACCAGGGCAAGAAAUAUUUCGGGAUGCAGGUAAAAAUUAUUUUCGUGAGUUUUUGAAAUCUUCCGAAGUUCAGAUUCAAAAAGAUAUGCCGACGAUAGAGAUGCAUCUGCUGGACGCGAUGCUGAAGUUGGGCUGGAUUUCGCCAGAACAGCGCGCGAAUCCGUUCAGUAUCUACUUCCAACGGGCGGCCAGAACCGACAAAGCCGUUUCUGCGGCUCGACAGGUCGGGUUGUACGUAAUUGAAAUACUUUUGUUUCCUCAAAACUGUAGCUUUUUUCAACUUGAAAAAAGAGAGUCUUGUAUGGUGUUUGAGAAGAGGAAAGGUGAAGAAAACGUUAUAUCUGUAACUUUUUUUAAUAUGUUGCAUUUUUUCUUUCAAAACUGCUUAUUGUUAUAUGAAAGCCAAGCCCCUUCUUAGGACUAUCGCCAUGUGAGACCUUGUUUCUAGUAGAUCUUUUGGAAACGACAAAUUUUGUCGAAUUGAGAGAGUUGAUCAUUUUUGGACAGUUUCUUAAGUCAACUUUCAAAUUUACAAAAGCAACGUUUUGUCAAAAAUGAACACUUUUGUUAGGUUUAUUCAAUUUUUGUCCGAAACUAUUCUGGCUUUAUCUGUCUUUUUUCAAGCCCUCUUCAUGAUCUUUCGUAUUUCCUCGGUUUAGUUCCAAAUUAUUUCAAUAGUAUUGCUUUUGAAAACCAAUUGAACGAUGGAAUAUUGCAUUUUGAGAUGUGCGGCAUGCAACUGCCUCAAAGGGACGACUAUUAUAAACUGGACGGGGCCGCCGAUUUGAACAAGAUUUUGCCUGAAGAUAUCCGCGUUUUCGGUAGGUUUUCGAGGCGUUUUUCAUUUUCGAACUUUUCAAAGGUAUGAGAAGAGCCACCAAUUGGUUCCAUCCUCAGAAACAGUGCGAUAAUCGCACCUACAGCUACACGACGCCGACUUUUGUCUUCGCCAAGCCUGAUCAGGUAUCAUUCUGUUUUCGAAAAGAAUGAUUACGGCGGCAGUGAAAAAAGAAAAGUUGAAUAAGUUACUCGAAAAUUCCAAACCGAAUUUAAAGUGAAUGAUGAAUAUGACUCAGAAUAUACCGAAAACCUUGAGAAGCUAAAUUUUGCAAGUUUUCAGCUGACUGACAGCAGUUUCCGGAUCACGAAAGAAGUGGUCGACGAAGUGAAUUCGAUUUUGGAAAUCUUCCUAGGAACACAUAACUUUUUCAAUUAUACAGCUAAAAGGUAUCUUCAGAAACUUAUAAAAAUUGUUCUCAUUUGACUAGGGCAUACAAUGACCAAAGCUGUAACCGGUACAUUAUCUCGUUCAAAUGCGGCGAACCUUUCCUGUUCAAAGAUCCAUACAGGUUGUUUCCGAGUUCAAGAAGAUUUCAUAGAAUCCUUCCGAGUUUCAGAGAACAAGAAGUUGAGUUCAUCACCAUCACUAUCAAGGGCCAAAGUUUCGUUUUGCAUCAAAUCCGCAAAAUGAUCGGUAGGGCAGAAAAUAAUGAGAAAAUUAACCUUUCCUGUUUUUAGGCAUGGUGAUCACUGUUAUCAGAGAGCUGCAGCUGAAAAGUGCCAUUCAAAAAUCUUUUGAAGGAAAAAGGGUGGGAGUUCGAAUGUUUAGAAAUCUUCAACUGAAUCUGAGGGUCUCCGUGAGCGAAAAUAUUAAGAAAGCAGAGAUUUUUUUCUAAUUAUCUAAUUAUUCUAAAAAAAGAAGUUCAAAUUAUACAUAUUGGCGUAAGGAGCUCAGUUCUCUUUUUGAAACUUCUAAACUUCACGCAGUAAUCAACUGAGGCCUAAUGGAAAGAUAUAAAAGUGGUACCAUUUUAGAGUCUAUUUUAUUCGUCUUUCUCAAUGAAAAAUCUUAAAAGUCAGUACUUCCGUAUCUAACCACAAUCAUGAGGUUUCCAGUUUUUCAAUCUCCGGUCACCGCUCAUUUCUUUCCAGCUAGAUAUUCCGAUGGCGCCAGGACUGGGACUUCUUCUCGAACGGACCCACUACGACAGCUACGACAGAAAACACUCGGCGACACACGAGCCGCUGACUUUUUGGGGCGACAUCGUGGAAGCCGAGGCUGAACGAGUCAAGUUCGAGCUCAUCACCAAGGAAAUGCUCGAGACGGAGCUCCUGACCCAAGGGUAUGUCUAUCCGCAUCAUUGUGGAGCUUUGGGAGCUUUUUCAGAAUGAUGAAAUGGUUGACGGACCUCAACAGCCACGAUUAUCUAGCCGACCCGGAGGCCGAGGAGCCGCCCAGCAAGACCUUCGUCACGAUGGCCGUCGCCUGCGCUAACAAAGUUCACUUUCUCGAAUAAUAACUCCGAUUAUCUCAAAAAACGUUAAUAUACUUUUUUCAAAUCCCUGAAUCUCUAUUUUUGGAAUGUUUCUGAAAAGAAGAAUUGAAAUAUAUUUUUGUUACAAUGUUUCUUCUUCUCAGGCUCUGGAAAGCGAAGCGAUGGAAGCUGAAGAAGACGUCAAAGCCGAACCAGAACUAGAAGAAGCGAUAACGACUCAACCCGGAGAGGUUGAAGACUUCAAAGCAGAAACCACGGAGCAAAUAAAAGAAGAAGAAGCAGAAAAGAAGUCGACAGCCUUGUAA